AUGGAGUCUACAGAGCAAAUGCAGGCUUCAAGGUUGGGUUUCCGUGACUAUGUCAAGGCCUUAGAGGAAGAGAGGCAUAAGAUUCAAGUUUUUCAGCGAGAGCUCCCUCUCUGCUUGGAGCUUGUCACUCAAGCUAUUGAGAGGUGUAAGCAACAGCUUUCGGACACAACCACAGACUACAUGCAUGGACAAUCUGAGUGCUCGGAACAAACUUCAAGUGAGGGGCUUGUGUUUGAGGAAUUCAUUCCCUUGAAAAGGACUUCCUCUUCUGAUAGUGAUGAUGACGAGGUGCAAGAGUCUCAGGAGCCCAAGACCAAUGACAAGGAUAAGACUAAUGGUGACAAGAAAAAAUCAGACUGGCUUAGAUCUGCCCAGCUCUGGAAUACAACCCCAGAUCCACCCCUUCAAGAGGAAUUGCCUAGAAAGGCCUUAGUGAUGGAGGUCAAGAGAAAUGGGGGAGCUUUUCAGCCUUUCCAAAGGGAGAAAAGCGUUGGAAAGACUAAUAGGCCAGUAGCUAAAGUGCCUGCUUCUGCUCCGGCUACUAGUUCAACCACAGACACCGUCAGUGGAGGCAGUGGUGAAAGCCUCAAGAAAGAAGAAAAAGAUGGACAGGGUCAGAGGAAACAAAGGCGGAAUUGGUCACCGGAGUUGCAUCGCCGGUUCUUGCAUGCUCUUCAACAGCUUGGUGGUUCACAUGCUGCUACACCGAAGCAAAUUAGAGAGUUAAUGAAGGUUGAUGGGCUCACAAACGAUGAAGUCAAAAGCCAUUUACAGAAAUAUCGUUUGCACACUCGAAGACCAACUCCAACAAUGCACAACAACAACAACAGCAACAGCAACACACAAGCACCACAGUUUUUGGUUGUGGGAGGUAUCUGGGUGCCACCCCAGGACUAUGCAGCAGUAGCAGCACCCACAGCUUCAGGGGAGGCUGCCAGGGUUGCUGCAGCCAAUGGAAUAUAUGCACCUGUGGCUACAUCUCCGUCUACCUUCACACCAGUGUCACCACCAUCCUUAAUGCAAAGACCGCGACCGAAGAGACCUGCGUCCUCUCAUUCAGAUGAGAGGGUCAGCCACAGCGAAGGCCGCGGUCGUUGCAAUUCUACCGCUACAUCAUCCUCCACUCACACCACUGCUUCCCCUGUGUUAUAA